AUGUCGACUCCUAUCCGGUCGACUCCGGUGAAGAGCCCUCCCGUCGCCGACAGCCCUGGGACAUGGCGACAUCCGCGACUCAAUGAGAUCACCCGUCGGCGCAAUGCCACCGCUUUCUCCGAGAAGAAUGUGAGGCAAAUAGCCUACAAUAUCGUCGCCCUCCUCGGCCUUUGGUCCACACAGGUGCUCGCCAAGCUCAACGUUGGCUCUCAAGCUGUCCCCCUGUCCAUUCGGUGGUACCUGAGCUGGGCAUGGUUUAUCCUCCAGCUAGUACCCUUCUUCAACAUUGGCAUCGCAUGCCUCCCUCUCGUUCGGCCACAGGACGACCUCUCCGACAUCGCUCUUACUCCUGCCCAGCGCCAGUUGCUCGGUCUCCCUCCCGCCUCGGCGGCACCCACACCCGAUGCCAAGUUCAGCACCCCUCCUCGAUACUCGCGCACGCCCUCGAUAGCAGGAUCUGUGGGAAGCAGGGGAAGCUACAACAGCUCGCCUCUGUCUGGUCGGGGGAGCCCUAUCGUGCAGGGAAGCACUGGCUCCCCUCUCGGCAGCCCCCUUUUCCAGAAGAGUGUCAAUAGCUUUGGAAACAAUAGCUUUGGAAAUGGUCGUCGAUCAUCAAUCGGGUCUGGCAGCCCCUUUAGCGGGAGCACAUCCGCCAACUUGUUCUCGGAUCCUACUUCACCGAGCCCGUCUGGAGGGAAGCGAACGAGUGUUGGACUGAACAGCAAGUGGCUGUACGAGAAGGGGAGGCGAUCCUCGAGUAAUGCCUGGUUGCACUGA